AUGUCUUCGGCUUCGGUAACGAUUAGCAUUCUGCCUGUAAGGUCCCAUGGCCAUGGAUCUUGCAUCACUACAAACCUGAUUAGCAUUAUGAACAUGCCCAGUCAAGGUGGUCGCCAGAUGUUUCUUUAUGACCAUGGGCGUCCACAAUGGUCACAGGGUGGCCCAUUAUAUUACGAUCGUCACCUUCCACCGCCACAACCACAAGUAGGCAAUAACUUUCAGAAUCCACAAAUUCAAGGGCCAUCACCACAGUGGUUGAGAGGACCUCUGAUAGGACCAGGUCCCGGAGCAGGACAUAAUCAGCAGCAGUUGGAUCGGUUUGGGGUGAUACCAUGGGGUAGUCAGAACAAUUACCACCAGAAUAGGCAUGGAAACAACCGCCAUUAUCACCGAAGAAAUUAUGUUCUUGGGGGUGUUGGAAGGAACAGCAGGUUACUGGCAAUUAACUUCCGGAACAAUCAGCAGCACCAUAAUGACCAAGAGGCACACUAUAUAUGCUUCAAAUGUGGAGAUUACCUCCAGAACUCGCCAGAGGCAGGUAUCCAUCUGUGCGAUGCAGGAGCGCAGAACAAUGAGCAGCAGCGGCAGCAUAACUCACAGCAGCCUGGUAGUCAUCAUUUCCUGGAGGGAGAGAUGCUCAGUCAUCAGAAUGAGGAUCUCCAGGCAAAGCUCAAACUGUUUUUGGAGGAAUCAAAAGUGGCUGUCAGCUCAGAUGUGAAGCUGUCUCAGGAGGACAUCCACAGAGUCUGCAUUGAGAGGGCUGAGAAGUUCUUACAUCUGUACACUCAGCUUCAAAACGAUCAUGUCUUAAUACAGCAGCAGCGAGCAUCUCUGGACGCACAGAAAAAAGAGCUAGAGCAGCGGGAUGAGGAGUUAGCCUUGCUGCAGACAAAGGUAGAAGGUGAUCGAAGCAAGUUCUUGAAAGACUGUAAGAAAGAGCGUGAGGAGAUUGCCCGCAAGUGGCAGGAGCUGAAAGAUGAGAUUGCACGAAUGGAGGAAAUUCAUCUAAUGCAGAAGGGUCGAAUAAGACUUGAUGUUGGAGGCAAUGUGUUCACCACCUCACGUUUGACUUUGACGCGAGAUGCAGACUCCAUGCUGGCAGCCAUGUUUGGUGGUAGACACCAUGUGGCUCAGGAGGUGGAUGGGACUGUGUUCAUCGACAGGGACGGCACACAUUUCAGAUACAUCCUAAAUUACCUACGUGAUGGGGGCGUCAAUCAAGAUGGACUUCCUCGAGAUCGUCAGGUGCUGAAAGAACUCAAGAAUGAAGCCGUCUAUUAUCAGCUGAAUGGCCUGGUCCAAACCAUUGAGAAAUAUUUGUAA